ACAAAUGGCUGCAGCCGAGAAGAGUGGUGUUUAUGAACUUCUAAAUGUAUCAAAGGGACCAGAUAUCACUGACAUUGAUGCGGAUUUUGAAGAUCCCCAAUUGUGCAGCUUCUAUGCGACUGAUAUCUACAAAAACUUGCGUAUUGCUGAGCUAUCAAGAAGGCCUUAUCCUAACUACAUGGAAACAGUACAGCAAGAUAUAACACAAAGCAUGCGUGGGAUACUGGUUGAUUGGCUUGUAGAGGUCUCUGAGGAGUAUAAAUUGGUCCCGGAUACUCUUUACCUCACUGUAUAUCUCAUAGACUGGUUUCUCUCUCAAACUUACAUUGAAAGACGACGACUUCAGUUGCUUGGCAUAACCUGCAUGCUAAUUGCCUCGAAAUACGAAGAAAUUAAUGCCCCACGCAUUGAAGAAUUCUGCUUCAUCACAGACAACACAUACACAAAAGAGGAGGUACGAAAAAUGGAGACUGAAGUGUUGAAGUCCUCAUCAUAUAAACUAUUUACUCCCACUACAAAAACUUUCCUCAGGAGGUUUCUUCGGGCAGCACAAGCUUCUUACGAGAGCCCGAGCUUCGAAUUGGAGUUCCUGGCAAAUUACCUUGCUGAACUAACACUUAUGAACUAUGGUUUCUUAAAUUUCCGUCCUUCUAUGAUUGCGGCAUCUGCUGUAUUUCUUGCUAGAUGGACUUUAGAUCGGUCAAGCCAUCCAUGGAAUCCAACUCUUCAACACUAUGCCUCUUAUAAACCAUCAGACUUGAAAACCACAGUUCUUGCAUUACGGGAUCUACAGCUGAAUAGCAAUGACUGCCCUUUAACCGCCAUCCGCACCAAGUAUGAGCAAGAGAAGUUCAAAUGUGUAGCGGCUUUGUCAUCACCUGAAUUGCUUGACACACUGUUCUGAAGCUAUAGAUAAUUUACAAAUCAAAGCAAAGGACCCUUAAGGCCUUAACUGUAACAGAGAUAUGUGCACAUCAGAAGGAAAAACACCUUAUUUUGUUAGUCAAAAGCCUUCUCAAUCAAGACUAAUCUAAUUCUCCCUCCAAGUUUAGUUCAAGUGUUCCUGUCUAUAUUCUUUAAUAUCUUUUUGUAUAUACAUUUGGUGACCUUUUGUUGGGAUCCUUGCUUAAGUUGUCUGACAUUGAAUGAACACCAAGGUCACAAUCACAAGCAUGUUGCAUAGGCAUGUUUUGAAGUAAUGUAGCAAAAAAAAAGGGGAAUGUUUUGAAGUAAUGUAGCAAAAAAAAGGGAAUAUUUUGAAGUAUUGUAGCCAAAAAAGGAUUGUUCUUGUUAUUAUAGUGUAACAAUGAGAUUCUGAAGCCCUAGUUAUUAGGUCCUCUGAAAUUUUUGUCAUAGUUGAGGAUUUUAUGGCUACAGUUCAUUUCUGUGUAGGCAAUCAAAUGAUGAAAUGCAUAUUCUUGCAGGUUUAGUAGAUA